AUGGCUGAAUCAAGCAAUUACAUGCAGCCUAGUGUUCCAAAAUUUGAUGGCUACUAUGAUCAUUGGGCAAUGCUAAUGGAGAAUCUUCUCCGAUCAAAAGAAUUUUGGAGUGUUGUUGAGAAUGGGGUUACAAUCGCACCUCCCAUGGCAUCUGCAAAUCAACAACGUGCUGCAGACGAGAGUAAGCUUCAUGAUCUCAAAGCCAAGAACUUUCUGUUUCAAUCCAUUGAUCGCACGAUAAUGGAGACCAUUCUUGACAAAGGGAGUCCACGAGAUAUUUGGGAGGCAAUGCGUACAAAGUAUCAAGGCUCAAUACAGGUAAAACGUGCUCAAUUACAAGCUCAGCGUCGUGAUUUUGAGAUUCUUGCUAUGAAAGACAAUGAAUCAAUCAAUGAUUAUUUUGCAAGAACUCUUUCCCUUGUUAACAAGAUGACGGCUCAAGGUCAUAAAAUGGAAUCAACGGAUGUGGUUGAAAAGAUCUUGCGUUCGCUGACAUCAUGA